GCGCAACACAUAGGUACUACGGAAAGCAACAGGAGAAACUAAUUAGCGCGUGCUGUUUUAUGGCUGUGACACAAAUAUCGAUAGAUUUUGGUUGUAAGAGCAUAACGUUCAGUGCAGGUGAUAGUAUUUGUUAUUAAAGUUAUUUUAGUGACUAAACCCCUUAUUUAAAACUCCCUAAACAGAUUUAUUCUGUGUUUAACGACAGCGCCAAAGCGGAAAAGUUUGCUAAAGUUAGCCGCGAUGCUAAAAACAACUAGCUAGCCACAGCUAGAAACGUAGCUGAGUUGAGUGAUGCUGCUUUUGUGGAUAAUUCAAGAGUGUAACAGUGAUGUAAAACUAUGGUUAUCUUACGAGUGGGAAUGUGUCCUGGACUAGAUGAAGAUUUGCUGGGGAAUUUGCGUGCAGCUGAUAUUCGAACAGUGGAGGACCUGAUUUCGUCUGACACCGAAGAACUUGCACGUAAAUGCUCCGUGUCUUAUAAGGCAUUGCUUGCCAUCCGCCGGGUGCUGCUGGCCCAGCACGCAGCAUUUCCAGUAUCCGGUGCUGAUCUGUACGAGGAACUAUUGAGCUCCACAGCCAUCCUCUCUACAGGAAAUCCCAGCCUAGAUAAACUGCUGGACUCAGGCUUGUAUACGGGAGAGAUAACAGAGCUGUCAGGAGGCCCAGCCAGUGGAAAAUCUCAGGUGUGUUUUGGAGUGGCAGUGCACAUUUCUCACCACCUGAAGCAGACAGUCGUCUACGUGGAUACGACCGGGGGGCUUACUGCCAGCCGCUUGCUGCAGAUGCUUCGAACAGAAACGAGUAACACAGACGAGCAGAUGGAAGCUCUUCAGAGGAUUCACAUUUUCCAUUUGUUUGACGUCUACGCUGUACUCGACUGUCUGUACGGGCUCUGCAGUGGUGGGCUUCAGCAGGUGUGUGUCGGCGGUGGCUCUGUAAAGGCGGUGAUCGUGGACUCUGUGUCGGCUCUUAUCACUCCUCUACUGGGAGGCAAGCAGAGUGAAGGCAUGUCCUUGAUGACACAAGUGGCAGGAGUUCUUAAGACGAUGGCUAAGGACUUCAAUGUUGCAGCGCUGGUAACAAACCAUGUAAGUAGAAGUGGCAACGGAGAAGUGCAGCCGGGCCUGGGCGUAUCAUGGAGCCACGUCCCCAGAACCAGAAUCCUGCUGGAGCGAGUAGAGAGCGCCGCUGCGUCUGUCAGCCACUCCAGUCUCCGCUCUGCAACGCUGAUCAAGUCAUCCAGACAGAACCAGUUGUGUUUACGGUUGAAAUCUCCUCCUCCCCUUCAGCCGUGUGGCAUCAGAGAAGAGUUUGACCUGCAGUGGUGGAGCCGGGUUCCUGGAGAGGGCCGCGCUGAUCCUCAGACCAAAGCCACGACAGAUGGAGCAAGAGAGAGACACCUGCCCUGAACCCAAGCCACUGAUGGUGUUCCUCUCUCAGCAGGGAGGAACGAUGCGUCUCUUACGGAUGCACUCCCAGAUCCAGGAGGUGGAGACUUUCUGAGCCUUGCUGUCCUCCUCUGGCUCAGCCAACGUGUGUGUGGCGGAGGUGGGAUCGUAAUCCGGUACCAGGUCUCCAUCAUAUGCCACAAAGUAUCUCCUGAGUUUGUCGCAGUCGUGCACGGAGACGGGCAGGAAGAGCUUUAUCCCGCUGAAAAUGUCCAGCAGCGUCUGAAACAACAAGUCAGUGUGACAGAAACUGGUCAGCCAGUCAGAUCUUCAACUAUUAAGGACCAUGUGUCACUGACCUUGUCGUUCUUUGGUUCCAGCAGCUGAGACGCUGCUUUUCUGUUACUGUGAACGCUUUGUUCGCUCUUCUUCACCUGGUGAGAAACAAACAGGUCAGAACGCCAUGCUGCAUGUUUUAGUCAUUUCUCUGCUCCAGCGCACUGACUGAACUGUUGGGAGCAGAGAAACGGCUAAAACAUGCUGGGUGGGACACCCUGAAGAGGUGAUUUUUAUCUACCUUCUUUGCGCUAGGAGCUUCUGAUCCUGGAGGACGAGGUUCUGAUUUCACUGCCUUUGGUUUAGGAGGGCUGCUGCUGGCUGUUGGACACGAUUACACAAAGUUAGCCUGUUCCUAUUUAAGCGUUUCCCUGUAAAAUGUAUAAUUACUGAGUGACCGUUGUUAGGAUUGAUGGGCUAAUGGCUAGGCCAAACUGUUGCUACAGUGAUGAAACGUCAAUAUUCCCAAGAAGACUGCUGCAUGAACUUUAGUUGUAACACUCUCAGACUAGCCGUUAGCUCAUUCAUCCUUUUUCUGCAGGAAACUGUUGACAAUAAGAAUUAAAAUGUGGAAAUGUACUUUAAGUUCUGAAAGGUUUAUUCAAUAAAACAUUUCACAAUCUAAA